AUGCAAUAAUUGGAAACUCAAUAUUGCUAUUAUAGCAAUUUCAAUUUAUAUGAAAGCACAUCUCAAUUAUUAAAGAAAGAUAAGUUUGUUAAAUCAUUAUUGCUAACUCUAGGAGAGGAAUGGCGUAUAUAUGCUGGACAAGCAAUCACUAUAGAAUUAGAUGGAUAAAUGAAUCGUUUCGCAUGGCAAUUUUGUUUUGAAAAUUUACUUUUUGCUUGGUUAGAGAACGAAGAUACACCGUAUUAAGAAUUUUAUGAUUAAUCAAUUUAGCGAAUUAGUCCUUACAAUAUAGGUAAUAAUCAAAUAAUUUAAAUUAGAUGUGGUUUAUUUUAGGCCUGUUUUUGAUGGUUUCUUUUAUUCUGCUUAAUAAUUGUGGUAGAAAAUGAGAUUGAGCAGACCACCCUCCCAAGAAUCCUUCAAAUCUUUAGAUCAAAUUAAGUAAGAGGAAAUUAAACCAAUGUCAAAUAUUCUAAAACCAUUAGUGGUUGUAAGUGAAAGGAUUAUCAAUUAUUUCAGAAAAGAUGAGCAAGCUUAGCCUUAAAGGAUGGAAUAUCCAUAAUACUAAUAGCCAAGUUGGAAACAAAUCUCUAAACUCACAGAAGAUUCUUUGCCCCUUGAAUUGAUCGAGAAUGCAUACAUUUACGUCAGUUAAUUCAUUUAAAAAACAUACAAGAAUUGUCAAGUAGCAAAAUCAUUUAUCGUUAAUAUUAUUGAACUAAAUCAUGAUGUGUUGAGCAAAUUCCAAAUCUAAAAUUAACAAAUUAAAAUUAGAAUAAUGUAGCCAUCAUGUUUAAUGUACGAUAAUUUACUAUCAAUUUGGACGUUAGCAAAUGCAGGUAUUUAACCUCAAUACUUUGACCUUAUCGACAGAGCAAAAUCUUUAUUGGGUAAUAAUUGGAAAGACAAUUAUUAAUAGCCUGUGGAAGUGUUUUUUUAAAUGAUGUCCAAAUUGUAUGGUAGCAUCAUUCUAAAUCCGUAGAUAAAGUCAGAAGAUUAAUUGAACCAUUUGUUAUAGAAUAUGAGAAUUCAAAUGGCUCAGUUGUGGGAAUAAGAAAUAGUUUAAUCAACUUUAGAAAAAUAAUGA